AUGUCAACGGCCGAGGUCCUCUCGCUCUCGGACUCCGCCGAGGAGACCGUGGACCUGUCAGCCAGCCUGAGCCAGCUGGAGCUGUCGGGCGAGGUGGUGGAGCGCCCACAGGGCGUCGGAGGAGACGACCUCUCGGGCCACCUCUCCGACACGGCCGACCUGUCGACCAGCGGCCUUCACCUCGGCAGCCACUUUGAGCCGGCGCUGCCACCCGAUGCGCCAGCUCGGGCCGCGCCAGCGCCACCAGCGCCGCUGAACCCUUUCCUGGCCGAAAGCGCGGCGCAGCGCGAGGAGGCGAAAGAGAAGAUGGCGGUCGAGCGGCGUGCCAAGAGGGAGGCGUCGAGGCGAGCGGCGACAUGA